GCCUGCCUGCCGUGGGGCAACCAGCCGUCCUCUGCCUGGCUCACCUGGGCUGGGCUGUUCUAGGCUCUCAUGCUCCUCUCUGCCAGACCGAGCCAGUGGGCAGCGGGCGCUGCGUCAGGAUGCCCAGCAUCUUCGCCUACCAGAGCUCCGAGGUGGACUGGUGUGAGAGUAACUUUCAGCACUCGGAGCUGGUGGCCGAGUUCUACAACACGUUCAGCAAUGUCACCUUCCUCAUCUUUGGGCCUCUCAUGAUGUUUCUGAUGCACCCCUACGCCCAGAAACGCUCCCGCUAUGUUUAUAUCACCUGUGUCCUCUUCAUGGUCGUAGGCCUGUUCUCCAUGUACUUCCACAUGACGCUUAGCUUCCUGGGCCAGCUGCUGGAUGAGAUCGCUAUCCUGUGGCUGCUGGCCAGUGGCUACAGCAUAUGGAUGCCCCGCUGCUACUUUCCCACUUUCCUAGGAGAGAACAGGCCCCAGUUCAUCUGCCUGGUCGUCAUCACCACCGUGGUCAGCACCUUCCUGUCCUUCCUGAGGCCCGUGAUCAACGCGUAUGCCCUCAACAGCAUUGCUGUGCAUAUCCUCUACAUCGUGUUCCAGGAAUACAAGAAAACCAGCAAUAAGGAGCUUCGGCAUAUCAUGGAGGUCUCCGUGGUUUUAUGGGCUUUUGCACUGACCAGCUGGAUCAGUGACCGCUUGCUUUGCAGCUUCUGGCAGCAGAUCAAUUUCUUUUACCUGCACAGCAUCUGGCAUGUCCUCAUCAGUAUCACUUUUCCCUAUGGCAUGGUGACCAUGGCCUUAGUGGACGCCAGGUAUGAGAUGCCAGGUCAAACCCUCAAAGUCCGCUACUGGCCUCGGGACACUUGGCCUGUGGGGCUCCCCUACGUGGAAGUCAGUGACGACAAGAGCUGCUGAUGCUGGCCAGCUUCUCGACUACCCAAGCACCUGCCAACUCACCUGUGUCUGGAAGAGGGAGGCCUGGAUCAGGAGUCCGAGAGAUGCUCAUGGUUCUUUCCUCUACCUCCCUUUCUCCGUCCUCCUUGUCCUGCAUGGCCCCACCCCAAGACAGGGGAUGGACUUCAUGAGCCUUCUGCGCAACAGUCUGAUGACCCUGGGGGAGUUUCCCUCCACGACCUGCCCUUAUUCUCUUUUAUUUCCUCCUCUGUGUUCACUUUGUGAGGCUGGCCCACCAGGGGCUGGGAGUACCUGGCAGCCACUGGGAAUGACUUCAGGCUGUGGCUUGGUGCUUGGGCAACUUCAUAAAUUGUGACCAUCACCCCCAGACCCGUUGGACCUGUCUUUGGCCAUGUACUGUCCCUGGUACUUGGGGGUAUCCCAGAGAACAGACAUGAUUUCCAGUCACUUCAUUCUGCACUCACUCGUGAAUGCAGAGACCUUGCAAACCCUCUCACACACAUGCUCCUGCAGACCUCUGGGGCCAUCUCACUGGUAGACAAUGGAGCUACAUGGAGGCCCAGAACGGGCCAUCUGGCUGUUGUUGGGACAUGGGUACCAGCAGAGGAACUGGGUGACCUGUAUGGGCUUAAAAUGAGGAUGAUUUUUGUGGUAGGUAAGAGUACAGGGCUUGGAGUCAGGCAGACCUAUGCUUGAAUCCUGCUCGACCAUUUCCUAGUGGUAUAAUCUGGGGGAAGUGAUUUUUCCUACCUUCGAAGCCUAAACACUUUGUCUGUAAUAUGACGAUGUUUCUUCCUUCAUGGGACUUCUGCAUGGAUAGAACAAGAUCAUGUAUUAAAAGUGUUUAGCAUGGAAUCUGGAAAACAUCCAACCAUCCAUCACCUCGUCCUUGAAUCCCUCCCUCCUCCCAUCUGUAUUCGGCCAUCCAUUCAUGUUCAUUUAUCCAUCCAAAUUAUUUAAUCAUCCUUUCAUUCGUCUGUGUUCCCACUCAUUCGUUCAUUCGUCUUUUCCACAAAUAUACAUCAAGUUCCUGCUGAAUGUCCGAGACCACCUGCUGGCAAUACAAGGCAACAAAGACAGGCAAUGUCCCUGCUCUAAUGAGGAGACACGUGUUACACAAAUAAAAAGACAAACAAGGCA